AUGGAUGUGGUGUCCUUCACACGCACGGCUCAGCAAGGCACCGCGUGCGCGACACAUUUGCACCCCGCCCGCAUCGUUCCGCAUAUAGUCCCCAUCUACUUUGUGCCGAUAGGCCGCGACACAACCCUGUGUGAACGGCCCAUCGGGUCGCGCAGCGAAAAGGACAUGCACAGUCGCAAAGAAAUGGCCUGCAGUCAAGUGAAGGAUGAGGAGCUUGUGAGAUGUGAGAGCCCUGGGGGCACGGAAUCCAGGCAAGGAUACAGUGCGAAGAUAUGGCCCGCCAGCGGUUGA